AUGUGGCCCGGCACCUCAAGGCCAGCCUCUGCGGAGGACUACUCAGACGUACUGAUCCCGCUCGAGGAGGCCCAUCUGCACAGCCACUCGGCGAGGUUAGGGAGGACAGAGUUCGAAGAGCCGCCGGGUGAGGAUUCUCCCGGCCAAGGCUACGACGAGGACGAUGACGGCAAGGACGGCGAGCAUGAGGGCCGGGGAAUGCUCGAGAUGCGGGCUGCCGAGUACAGCAUCGAAGGGCUGCGGAGGGAAGUGCGGCGUGGGGAGAAGGGGCAGGUUUCCGACUACGAGAUGAGAUCAAAACUUAUAAACAAGGCCAUCCAAGAUAUUGGAAUGGGCAGGUAUAACUGGCAAUUAUUUGUCCUUUGUGGAUUUGGCUGGUUCGCAGACAAUCUGUGGAUGCAGGGCAUCUCACUCAUUCUUCCCUCUCUAUCCGCAGAGUUUGGUGUAUCAGAGAAAACGGUCAGGUAUACGACCAGCUCUCUGUUUAUCGGCCUCUGCUUUGGAAGCUUUGUCUGGGGCAUUGGAUCGGACAUUGUGGGCCGACGCAUCGCCUUCAACUGCACUCUGCUCAUCACCAGCAUAUUCGGGAUGGCGUGUGCUUACGCGACAAGCUGGGGCUUUGUGUGCAUCCUCGUCGCAGCACUGGGCUUUGGUGUGGGCGGGAAUCUGCCCGUGGACGGAGCUCUGUUUCUCGAGUUUCUCCCAGACUCAUCCAGCUCUCUCCUGACGCUGCUCUCCGUCUGGUGGCCCAUCGGCCAGCUGAGCUCCUCCCUUUUCGCCUGGUUCUUCAUCGCGAACUGGCCGGCCGACGAAGGCUGGCGGAAGUUUCUUUGGGGUAUUGGCGUCGUGACCUUCAUCAUGUUCUUCGUGCGAUAUUUUAUUUUCCAGCUGUUCGAGUCACCGAAAUUCCUGCUGUCCAAGGGACGCCAGACCGAGGCCAUCGCCGUCAUCCACGGCAUCGCCUCCCGGAACGGAGCGAAGACGUGGUUGACAGAGGAUGUCAUGAACGCCGUUGUCGACGAUGUCGCUGUCGCGCCGAGGCGGAGCAGGGUUUCUACGACCAACGUGCUGAAGAGCAAGCUCGCCUCGUUCUCAGGCGAGCGCAUCCGACCUCUGUUCGAGACCAAGAAGCUCGGCCUGGCCACCUCCAUCAUCUGGUUUGUGUGGGCCACGAUCGGCAUGGGAUACCCUCUGUUCAACGCCUUCCUGCCCCAGUACCUCUCCCACGGCGGCGCCUCCUUGCCCCCGGAGGACGACGUCGCGCUGCCCAUCUCGGCAGAGACGUACCGGAGCUAUGCCAUCACCAGCAUCGUCGGCGUGCCGGGCAGCCUGCUCGCCGCCUACACGGUCGACCACGACUCGCCGUUCCUCGGCCGCCGCGGCACGCUGGCCAUCUCGACCUUUGUGUCGGCCGUCUUCCUCUUCAUCUUCGUCACCUUCGGCACGUCCCCCUCGUCGCAGCUGGCCUUCUCCUGCAUCGAGGCCUUCUCGCAGAACAUCAUGUACGGCGUGCUGUACGCCUUCACGCCCGAGAUCUUCCCGGCGCCCGUGCGCGGCGCGGGCACGGGCGUCUCGAGCUUCCUGAACCGGCUGACGGGGCUCGUCGCCCCCGUCAUCGCGGCCAACAUGCCCGGCGACGGCAACACGGCGCCGAUAUACCUGUCGGCGGUGCUGAUCCUGGCUGCCUUUGUGGGCAUGUGUAUGAUACCGAUCGAGACGAGGGGGCGACAGAGGUUGUAG